GCUGAGAGCACCGCUAUGCGCGGCCCGCGCUGCCUGCUGUGCGCCCUGGCGCUGGCGCUGCUCGGCAUCGCUGGGGCCCGCGCGCCCCUGUGCCCCGCGCCCUGCGGCUGCCACGGCGACGGCGACCGGCGUGUGGACUGCGCGGGGCGCGCGCUGGCGGCCGUGCCCGCGGGACUGGGCGCGUCCACGCGGGCGCUGGACAUCAGCAUGAACAACAUCACCCAGCUGCCGGAAGACGCAUUCAAGAACUCCCCGUUCCUGGAGGAGCUACAAUUGGCUGGCAACGAACUUUCUUUUAUCGACCCGAAGGCCUUGUCCGGGCUGAAAGAGCUCAAAGUCCUCACCCUGCAAAACAACCAGCUGCGGACGGUGCCCAGUGAGGCCAUCCGGGGCCUGAGUGCCCUGCAGUCCCUGCGACUGGAUGCCAACCACAUCGCGGCGGUGCCUGAGGACAGCUUCGAGGGCCUGGUGCAGCUGCGGCACUUGUGGCUGGACGACAACAGCCUGGCGGAGGUGCCGGUGCGGCCGCUCAGCAACCUGCCCACACUGCAGGCGCUCACCCUGGCGCUGAACAGGAUCUCUGGCAUCCCCGACUUCGCCUUCACCAACCUGUCCAGCCUGGUCGUGCUGCAUCUGCACAACAACAGGAUCAGAAACCUGAGUCGGCACUGUUUCCACGGCCUGGACAACCUGGAGACCUUGGACCUGAACUAUAAUAACUUGGAGGAAUUUCCCGAGGCCAUUAAAGCCCUUCCUAGCCUCAAAGAGCUCGGCUUCCACGGCAACUCUAUCUCCUUCAUCCCCGACGGCGCGUUCAGUGGGAACCCCCUGCUGCGGACUGUACAUUUGUACGACAACCCUCUGUCUUUCGUGGGGACCGCAGCAUUCCGGAAUCUGUCGGAUCUGCACUCCUUAGUCAUCCGCGGCGCCACCAUGGUGCGGAGCUUCCCCAACCUGAAGGGCACCGUGCGCCUGGAGAGCCUGACGCUGACCGGCACGAAGAUCAGCAGCAUCCCGCACAGCCUGUGCCAGGAGCAGCGGGCGCUGAGGACGCUGGACUUGUCUUACAACAAUAUAAAAGACCUUCCCAAUUUUAAUGGUUGCCGCGCCCUGGAGGAAAUCUCACUGCAGCGCAAUCAAAUCUCCCAGAUAAAAGAAGGUACCUUCCAAGGCCUGGUGUCCCUGCAGAUUCUGGAUCUGAGUAGAAACCGGAUCCACGAAGUCCACAGCAGUGCUUUUGCCAAGCUUGGGGCAAUCACCAAUCUAGAUGUGAGUUUCAACGCAUUGACUUCCUUCCCCACGGAAGGCCUGAAUGGGCUCAACCAGCUGAAACUGGUGGGCAACUUCGAACUGAAGGGAGCCUUGGCCGCAAAAGACUUUGUGAAUCUCAGGUCCCUGUCGGUGCCCUACGCCUACCAGUGUUGCGCGUUCUGGGGCUGCGAGUCCUACGCGAGUCUCCACGCGGCCGGCGACCUGCAGGCCCACGGCGGGAGCAAGGAGCCAGAUGCCGAUGCGGGGAACCUCACGGGCAGCACUGAGCGGGAGCACGGCCAGGUCAUCAUCCACUGCGUGCCGGCCACAGGCGCGUUCAAGCCCUGCGAGUUCCUGCUGGGCAGCUGGAUGAUCCGCCUCACCGUGUGGUUCAUCUUCCUGGUGGCCCUGCUCGCCAACCUGCUGGUCGUCGCGGCGACCUUUGCGUCGGGCGCGUCCCUGCCGCCGUCCAAGCUGCUGCUGGGCCUGCUGGCCGUGUCCAACCUGCUCAUGGGCGUCUACACCGGCGUGCUCACGCUGCUGGACGCCGUGUCCUGGGGCCGCUUCUCGGACUUCGGCGUGUGGUGGGAGACGGGCAGCGGCUGCCGUGUGGCCGGCUUCCUGGGCGUCUUCUCCUCGGAAAGCGCCGUCUUUCUGCUGACCGUGGCGGCCGUGGAGAGGAGCUGCUCCGCGGACGCGCUGCGGGGGACCCGGAAGGGCGGCAGGCGGGGCCGCUUCCGCGUGGCGGCGGGCGGGGCCUUCCUGGGCGCGGCCGUGGCGGGCUGCGUGCCCCUGGCCCGCGGCGCGGACUUCUCGGCCUCGCCGCUGUGCUUGCCGUUCCCCAGCGGGGAGGCGCCCGCGCUGGGCCUCACCGUGACGCUGGUGCUGCUCAACUCGCUGGCCUUCCUGCUCAUGGCGGUGGUCUACACCCGCCUCUACUGCUCGCUGGAGAAGGGGGCCCUGGCCGCGGGCGCGCGGGCGGGCGCUGUCAGGCACGUGGCCUGGCUCAUCUUCACCAACUGCGUGCUCUUCUGCCCCGUGGCCUUCUUCUCCUUCGCGCCGCUGCUCACCGCCAUCUCCGUCAGCCCCGAGAUCACCAAGUCCGUCACCCUCAUCUUCUUCCCGCUGCCGGCCUGCCUCAACCCGGUCCUGCACAUCUUCUUCAACCCCCGCUUCCGGGAGGACUGGGCCCUGCUGCGGGGACGAGUGGCGAGGGGUGGCCAGGGCGGGCGCGGGGCCACAGGCGGCCAGGGCGGGCGCGGGGCCCGGGCCCUGUACCCCGACUGCGGCGCCUGCUCCCACCUGCAGCCCCGGCUGGCCGUGUGCGACUGCUGCGAGUCCUUCCUGCUGGCCCGGCCGCCGGCCUGCGGAGCCCUGGCCAAAGCGCACAGCUGCCCGGUGCUGGCCGCGGCCCCGUGCCGCAGGCCCGACGGCCACUGGUUCGAGUGCGGCUCGCAGUCGGUGCACUCGGACUGCGCGGACGAGGAGGACUCCUUCGUCUCCGACAGCUCGGAGCAGGUGCAGGCCUGCGGGCGCGCCUGCUUCUACCAGAGCCGGGGCUUCCCGCUGGUGCGCGACGCCUACCACCUCCCCCGGGCCAGGGAGUGACGGCCCAGGCCGGUCAGGGCCCAGCAGGUCACGCAGAAGGAGGGAGGGCUGUGGCAGUGCCGCUUCUCCAAGCAGACACUUGCAAGAGCAGCUGCCCGACUGCCAGCUGGCGAAAAUGCAGCGGCCAAGCGAGGUGGGGCCGUUGGAAACAAACGAAACCCAAAAAGGACUUUCCACGGCAGGCGCGACGUGACAGUGCGUUUUCCCGAUCGCUGCGGACCACAUGGACAGCAUUUCGGAAUGCAGCACACGGUGAAGAGCAGCUGUUAACAUUUUUGAAAGCUAUGGUUUUGGGGUGUGGUGGGUGAGUCAGGGUCGCGCUGUGUAGUCUGGGCUGGCCGUGAACUCUCGACGCAGCCCACACUGGCCUUGAUGUCCUAAUAUCCCCCUGCCUCAGCCUCUGGGAUGACAGCGUGUGUCGCCGCACCCAGCCUAAAAACUACUUUACAAUAUGAUUUUAUGUAACUGAAGAAAAGUCUUGCUAAUUCUUCGUGAAGUGUCUCCAUCAGUCUCAGGACAGCCGAUCCAGCAGGGGCUUCUCACUGUGGUCCAUUUACAUCUUGGGAUCAAUCAGAUUUAGACCCGAGGAUGUUUUUAAAACAAUAUUAACAGCUGUUAGGUUUUAUUCUGUAACGGCAGAACAUUUGUUUUUGGUCACUCUACUUGGAUCACCGUAAUUUCCUGUGAGGAAAAAGCAGCUUGUGAUGGAUGUGAGCUCGCAGAUUUGAAGAAACUGAAAGUGGGGUCCCCCCCACCUUUUUUUGGUACCAGGCAUCGAACUCAGGACCUUGUACUUGGAAGGCAGGCGCCGGAACAACUGAGCUAAAUCCUCGGCCCCUAAAGUGGGGCUUUUUAAUAAUGCCGGACAGGUCUGGUGGCGGGGCACUGUUCCCAUUCAUGAAUACUUCCUAGUGCCAGUGGCUGUCUGGGUCUUGUCCGGUUUUGUUGGUAUGGCAUCUGUUUAGAGUUUGAAUUACACAGAACGUCAACUGAGGUAAGUAAUUUUGUGUAUGCAGUUGGAAGAAACUAGGAGUGAUUAUGUUCCAAAGCAUUUAUUUCUUAGUGAGCUGGCUCUCCUGGACCUGGGCUGUUACAUGGAAUCUUCCACACAUUUCCCCCUUCCUUUAAUUUCCAAAAAAGCCUGUUUAAUACGCAGAUGCUGCUGCGCGUGGUGGUGCACACCUGUAAUCCCAGUAUUCAGGAGGCUGAGGCAGGAGGAUCGCUCUGAGGUCAAGGCCAGCCUGGGCUACGUAGCGAGACACUGUCUCAAAACACACACACAAAAAACAAAGCAUCCCCAAUAUCAGAUGCUGAGCUCUGGUUAGACAGAUAUGUCAUGGGAUGGAUAGAAGGGAAAAAGUUUAGUCCUAUGCCUUUAAAAUGAAGAGUUUUACUUGAUUCUCACUUACGGGCUUUGGCUGCAAGUACGUGGAGUCUUAAAGUUGUAAUUCCUCAGUGUGUCUUCAAGCAGUGUGCUAGGUCCCGGCAAACCCACUGCCACGUCGGUUACCCUGGAUGUGCUAAAGCAUUGAUGCUAGAUUGCAGUUUCAUAAUUAAACUGUACAUACUGUGCAUAGAAUGAAUUUUUAUCUUCUGUAAAUUAUUUUUAGAACACAAGUUGGGAAAUGUGGUCUCUGUUCAUUUCAUUUCAUGAAAGCUACCUCCUAGAGUGGCUGCCACAGCAGGAUGAUAAAUCAUGGUUGAUAUACUUUUUUGCAGUGUAAAUAGUCUUGGUUGUACAUUGUCAGUGUAAUUAAAACAGAAUCUUUGUAUAUCAAAAUCAUGUAGUUUGUAUAAAAUGUGGGAGGGGUUUCUUUACGGUGUGUAAUUUUGUAAGGACAACUAUUUACAAGUUUUAAAAACUGCUAUCAUGUUUGUAUAUUUACACAUAUGAUAAAUAUUAAAUCGUAACUUGGUAAGAAAAUCAUAAUUAAAAGUUGUUUUCCCUAACAUUUCAAGUUACUGGAAACUUUUGAUUUCAUUCAUCUAAAAAAAUAGAACAGUAGAUGCAUAAAAUGUGUGGUAAACUGUGCUACACAUAUGGUAUCAUGUACACUAUUGUACUCAGUGUUUUGAAUUAUUAAAGUUUUUAGAAAGCAA